AGUUAAUUGUGGUAAGAGAAGUUGUAGUGAAAUCAACUAUUCAUUUAUUUAAAUUUUAUGUUUUGCACUGUGCAGCGUUGUUUAUAGAAAAAUAUAUAAUUUUAGUAAGACAAGAAAAGAAAGUAGAAACCUAUGCUGCAAUGAUUGCCGGCCUUUGUUCUUUGAACCUUUAAGAACACUCAACGGGUUUGGCUCUAAAAUAAUUUUAACAAAAUUAACUUUUACUUUAUUUGUUGUAUGUACUUGAUUCAGCAACGCUGCUCAAAUUCUUGCCAAAUAAUACACUGAAUUUUAUUGGAAAGAGAAUAAAAAGGAAAUAAAAUGUCACUAUCGAAGCCUUUUUAUUCGCUUCUGGGUGUUUACUUGGAGCAGCUCUUCAAUCAUCCAGUGCGUACAAAAUCCAUAACAAGCUCCGUACUGGCUGCAUCUGCUAAUUACACAGCCCAACGCAUUGCUGGUCAGAAGAAACUGAAUCAGGAUAGUGUCAUUGCUUAUGGACUCUUUGGAUUAAUAUUUGGUGGAACUGUGCCGCAUUACUUUUAUCAAACGGUUGAACGCCUAUUUAAACAUGAUAUGAAAUUCCGUCGUUUCUACCAAUUCUUAUCGGAGCGUUUAAUAUUUGCACCAUUCUAUCAAUUGCUCUCACUCUACUUCCUCUCCAUAUUCGAGAUGAAUACACAUGAGGUGGCUGUUGCUAAUUUAAAGAAGCUUUAUUGGCCACUUCUCCGCACAAAUUGGCAGUAUUUAUCGAUACCAGUGUUCCUCAAUAUGAGAUUUGUACCACCCAUGCUGCGGACAGUUACAAUGAGCAUCGUGUCCUUCAUAUGGGUGGUUUACAUUGCUCGUCGACGCCGGCAUCUUCAGGACAAACAAGCUGGUGGUGCUGAUAAUUGAGAUGAUUACUCUAUAUUUUUAAUUAUGUACAUAUGUACAUGCAUUUGAGUGUAUCAAAAGUAAUAAUUUUUUACAAGCAUGUUUAGAUAUUAAAAAAAAAAACAACAACAACAUAAUAAUCUAGAGGGUUCUUUAGGUGCCUUAAUUCGUGAUUUUUAAAUUAAUAAAAUUACUAUAUCUGUGGUGAAAGUAAACUGUAAGUCGAGACAAUAAAUUAGUGUAAACCAUUUUUGCAUUUAUAGUUAAAUUCAUACAUAUAUAAAUAAAAACUCAAA